AUGGAGCGCGUACAGUAUUCGCUCGAGUCGGCGCUCCCCGAGCUCAAAGAUUUGCAAGAAAAUGGAAUAUUCUCUCCAGAAGAGAUUCGAGAGAUCAUCAAACGCCGUACGCACUAUGAGACACAGCUCAUCCGACGACAGCCACGAAAAAAGGAUUUCCUCGAGUACGUCGAGUACGAAAUGGCGCUGGAAAGACUGCGAAAGAAACGUGUGCAAAGACUGAAGACACCCCUCCCGCAUUCAAUCUCGAGCCAUUCGCUGGUUCAGAGACAGUUCUCUAUUCUGGAGCGUGCAACGAGAAAAUUCAAAGGGGAUCUACGACUCUGGGUGCAGUACAUCGAAAUUGCAAAACGUGAAAAAGCAGGAAACCUUGUGGGCCGCAUAGUAGCAAAAGCACUCAAACUACAUCCGACAUCUGCCGCACUCUACGUCCUCGCCGCACAAUAUGAAGUCGACCGGGGUUUGCCGUCUGCUGCGCGAAACAUAUUUCACCGCGGUAUUCGACUCAAUGAUUCGAACGUCGAACUAUGGUGUGAGUAUGUCAAGAUGGAACUUGGCUGGUGCGAGGGCUUGCGACGGCGUUGGGAGACGUUGGGCAUUGAUCCAGCAUUGGCAAACCUGUCUGCUGCAGAGAAUGCAGAGAUUGAAGGAUCAGCGAAGCAGAGUACAGAGGCCGCGAGGAAGGAGGUCCUUCAGGGUGCGAUUGUCAAGCAGGUUCUCCGGGAUGCGCUGAAAGCAAUCUCGACGUUAAAGUUGUUCAACUCUCUCGCUGAAACACUGAAAACCUACCCGACUAAACUCGCGGCGUCUCUUGUCCCAUUUUUAUAUGAUCUGCUCCAAGACAUUCCCGCCUUCUCUGACGCUGGAAGAGGAGACGUUAUCACGGCAUACGCGCUUCGACAUUUGUGCAAAGCGAAUCUGAGAGACAAAGACUUGGUGGACGCUCUCCGACUCUCCAACGAAGAAAUUCAAGCGGCACUUGCAACAGAAUUGCAAUCUGGGAAUACGAAAACAGUGCACGAACUCGAAGUCGCAUAUAGCGUGUUUGUAUGGACUCAGUGGACGAACCUUUUAGACCCCCAUCUCCGGUUGUACCUAUCCUCCUCUCUUCAUAACAUGUGUACCAAAGCUCUCAAACGGACAGUCACGGAUUCCGGCGGAGUGGCACUCUUCACUACACAUCUGCGCAUAUUGCUUGAUCCAACUCACCCACCACCGGCGCCUGAUCCGGAGAGAAUACUGAAAAUGGCGCGAAAGUAUUCUAUCACCUCUACCAGUGCGGAAAUCUGGCGAGCGCGGUUAGAAGCAGAGGAGAAAUGUCAGACAGAUACUCUGAACAAGAGUAAUGAGAUCAAGCGGGUGGCACUCGCUGCGAGGAGAGCAUGCAAGGGUGCAAACCUCGAGCAGGUGUGGUGCUGGGGUUGGGAUAACCUCGACUUGUCGGAACAAGAAGAUAUUCUGAAGCAAGCCCUCUCACAGAGCGAGACUCUUAGCCUACGCGAACACAUACUUAUGCAAACGCUCUCCUCCCUUUAUCUCACCCAGCCGCAAAACAAGAGCGAAGUCAUCCUUCGACUUUUACGCACCUAUUCGCCAGGAACUGCCGUCUAUGAGCACGCAUUUGAACUCGAAAAGUCCGAGCCAUCGAGUUCGACAAAUUUGCUACGAUCCAUCUUUCACCUAUGGCGAGACGCACACAACGAGUCUGGGAGCACAGAGUCGACACGAGAGGAUGCCACGCUUGCAUUUGCAUCGUAUCUCUUGCACAAUGGAUCGGUAAAGGAAGCAAACUCGAUUAUCAGCAACCUGGUGGCAGCCUCUGGAGCCCGGCGAGAGGGAAUUGAGCGACGAUGGAAACAAGUUAUCGAUGGUCCACGAAUAGAUCAGGUUGAACGCGAAGAUGGAGCAGAGGACGCUAUGGAAACUGAUGAGGACAGCGAAAGCGAGCUUCUUGUUGUUUCUUAG